AUGAAGCUCCCCAUCCUGACCACAGCCCUAACUGCAGCCGCGGCGACGGCAGAAAAGACAUGCACCACCACCAACAUCCCCGUCCCCAUCACGACCCGGAACGGCGUCUUCGACAAGCUCCCCACGCCCCAGUCGAAUUUUGACGCGGCGACUUUCACGCUGGGUGCACUUCGUCAGGGUGCCAAUGGAACUGAAGAGGCUCUGACUGGAUACAGCACCAUCCAGAAGACGUACCACAUCUCCGUGCAGUACUGUAAGCCAGCUGGACCGGACUCUGGCUCGAGCCCUGUUGUGCAGAUUCUGACGCACGGCAUUGGGUUCGACAAAACAUACUGGGACUUCCCAUUCGACAACUACAACUACUCGUACGUGGACAACGCCGUGGCCCACGGCUACCACACGCUCGCCUACGACCGUCUAGGCCUGGGCCUGUCGUCCCAUGGAGACCCCAAGGAUGAAAUCCAGGCAUUCAUCGAGGUGGCUGCUCUGGCCCAAUUGACCGAGAUGGUCCGUAAAGGAUCCAUCCCUAGCCAGGGGGAGCAGAAGCCCGAGAAGGUGGUGCACGUUGGACACUCGUUCGGGUCUGGCCUGAGCUACGCCCUGUCUGCGACGUUCCCCGAACUGUCGGACGGAAUCAUCCUCACGGGCUUUGCGCUGAACUCGUCCUUCCAGGGGUACUUUCUCGCUGGAGGCAACUUCCAGCAGGCCCAUCUGUCCACGAUGAAGUGCCGGGAGACGUAUGCACCGGGGUACUUGGUUCCCUCGGAUAUCAGCGCCAACCAAGUCCUCUUUUUUGCGCCGCCGUACUUCGACCCCAAGAUGCUUGAGUUUGCGGAGGAGAACAAGCAGCCUGUUGCGGUUGGCGAGCUGCUUACUAUGAACAGCUCCCCGACGCAGAGUGCCUUUGCUGGCCCUGUCUUGAUCAUCACGGGUGACCAAGACAUACCCUUCUGCGGUGGCGAUUGCUCGAAUACCGGUGGUGUGGCCAAGUCGAUUCCGGAAAUGGCCAGAAAGGCGUUCCCCAAAGCGAACAAGUUCGAGGCGUAUGUCCAGCCUAACACGGGCCAUGGCUUGAACAUGCAUUACAAUGCUACCGCGGCCUAUGACUACAUCGCCGCGUUCCUGAAGGGGUCCCUAUAA